AUGCCCAGGUUGAACUACGCGAAGAAUCGGAAUAGGAUGUACACCUAUCGGAAGGGUGACUAUGCCGAUCUUGAUAACGACGAUAUCCCCAAUCGCUAUCCACGGUUCCGCAAUGACUGGCAUUCGGGGAAGCACGGGCAUCGUAACCAGCCACAGUCAAAUAUUAGUCCUGAAGUGGUGCGAAGAGUUGUGGUUGGUGACCUUCCUCCAAGUUCCUCAUAUUCUCGUACCUACGUAUCCCCCCAAGGCGAGGUUUGGGUUCGUGCAAACAUCGCAAAUGGGGCGUCAAUGUCUAUUGAUUUUCUCAAAGAAAGUUUUAGUGCCGCAAUUGAAACCACAGUUCGAAUUUACAAUCUCAUAAUGAAAGGGGAAAACUGCACGUUCUUCUUCAAAAUCCGGUCUAAAAAGCUUGGAGACUAUUGCAAAGCCAUCAAGAGCAUUAUCAACCCGGUCACUGGCGCUCCCAUCGUGUGUGAUAUAAAAUCUUGCAGCGAACCCGAGGUUCCACUUGCAUCAACCAAUGCGAAUAAUGGUGUCACAGGGGCGCUUUUGCCGGAGGCUUGGAUGGCUGCUUUGCGCGAGUGCUUUAAAGAGCGCUUUCAAGCUACCACUAAUGUUCUCGACCUCUCCAGUCUUCAUACCGAUCUUACUCUUCUCAGUAAAGGGUACUUCAUACCUCUGAACAAGACGAUUGUGUUUUCGUCAUUUAUUGCUAUUCUUCAGGAAAAUGAUGCUAAACUGUCUGCGUUGAAUUUGUCGAACAAUCGACUGAAUCAUGUGCAACCGUUUGAGGAUAUGUGUAAGGUGCUGGGACCACCGACGUACUCCUUCGAGCGCAUAGAUCUGAGUGGGAAUCACAUAAACACUUCGCGGAAUCUUGAAGCGCUAAAGGCUGUUCCUGGAAUCUGUCACCUUGAUUUGUCAGAUACACCAAUAGCGGGUCGUUUAUCUAACCCAAAUAGCGGCAAAAUUAUCGAAUCGAGUCGGGGUCUUUGCCUUCUCGGGGAGGGACGGAUUGACGGAGGCAUGGAGUUUGUCGAACAGCUCCUCUCGCCUAGUAAGUUUGCCUUUAAGAAAAUUAUUUUCGAGACUCCGAAGGUCAUACACAUAGGAGCUGUUGGAGCCCCAUUGUUCGUUCUGCAGUUGUUAAUGCGUGAAUUGCAUUGCGUGCAAAUCGUGCGGAUUCUUCCCGGAUUGAAGACGCUGAAUGGCAAUCCAAUCAAGGUGACGGUUCGGUUUGCCAUAGAGCAGGGUUCUAACGCUCCUGAAACCAGCUGCCCUCCUAGAAUCCGCCUUCCACCAUCAAUUCAGGGUCAUUUCGGAAGCGAAGAGAUCCGGGUGCCACUACUCACCUUUCUAAUGGAAUACUUUGGUCGUUACGAUGCGCCACAACGCGGCGAAGGCAUCUACUCUUAUUAUACACCGGCUUCAACUCUGACAAUUUGCGUGAAUCCUGCCUCUCAGUCCACUGGAAAGAGCGUUUUUGAAACUUUGGACUCAGGAGGUACUCCGAAUCAGAAGACUCAGCUUCUCACGAACAAUCUGGAUGAUGCCUACUACAAGCAGAAUCGCAAUCUGAUGCGUUGCAAGGAUGAGAAUAAACGCCACGAGUUUAUUUGCCAAGGUCCUCUUAACAUUGCCUCAGCGUUGGGGAAGUUGCCUGCCACGGAACACAUCCUUGAGUCCUUCUGCGUCGACGUGAUUAACCAUUCUGAGAACCAAAUAAUUUUCAAUGUGACAGGCGUCUUCUACGAGAAUAAGACACCUUUUGGUGCAAAUGCUCCAAUACGAAAAGUGCUGCGUUGCUUUGCACGGUCAAUGAUUCUUAUUGCACCAGGCACACAAAUUCUUCAAGACAGUAUAAUCAUCUCGAACCCCACGGAACCUCUUAUUCAGCGCUACAUCCGCGAAGUCAAAAAACAGGCAAAAGCUGAAGCUGAGGCCAAAGCUAGGGCACAGCCGGCUGUUGUUCCUCAAGCGCCCGUUGUUUCCACUGCUCCUGGCACUAAUGAAGAGGCAGCAGUGGUGGAGUUCCGUCGUCAAACUGGCAUGAAUUCUGCCUACUGCCGUCAGUGUCUCCAGGAAUUUGGAUGGCAGUUUGAAACCGCUUUGGCUGGUUUUCGGGCAAUGCACGCUUCGGGCAGCAUUCCUCAGAUCGCUUUCGCUCCAGAUUAUCAUACGGUCACCAGUGGUCGCGUCCUUGCAUUACCGGACGGUUGUGGCUUGGCAGAUAUUGUUCAGCACCUCGAAAUAUCCCUGAAGUCAAAGGAAGGUCUGAAGGAUUACCGCCAUGGUCUGAAGACCAUUCCGCCCAGUGGAAGUGUAGAAGUGGAGUCUUAA